CCGCGCCCCCGCCACUGUUCCUCCAAUCACGUAGCCCCAACAAGGAAGACAUCCCAAUCUUAAGGAAACAGGUGCAACAAAGACGACAAGUGUAAACAACUAAAAAACCGUUGAAGAACUUUAAUUCCACCCGAACUGAACUUUAACGAUGAAAACGUGAUAUUAUCGAUAAAAAAAAGUGAAAAACAGUCUGUUCUAAAUCCAAUUUUGUUUUAAAUGGCUAAUUAAUUGGACAGCAAGUCGGCAUACAAUACCAUAACCCACAAGACCACCUGUUGACUCAUCGGCAAGAUGCAAACGACUUGGAAGAAAUUAGAAAACGAGAACGGCUUUCCUUUCUAUUUCAAUGAAAGUACCAAACAAAAGCAGUGGGACCACCCGAAAUUCAUUGAACUUAAACAUACCAUAGAUGAUUGGAAUUAUGUGAAAUAUUCUAAAUAUCGAGUCGGGCUUAAAUUUCGAGCUUUACAAAAAGCUCUAUUCAUGGAGGAAGUAACCCUAAGUACCAUUAUGGGUGUUUUUGCCAAACAUAGACUUGGCAUGAAUGAAAGCUCUCUGUGUUUGGAAAGCUACGACUUGGAGGCGGUUUUGUAUGACAUUUUUUUCGCUGCUAAUAAACGAAAUAAUAGGAAUAUAGACGUGGAUUUUGCUGUUGAGUUGAUGCAAAACUUUCUUUAUAACAUUUAUGACAAGGAAAGGCAAGCAAAAAUUCAGGUUUCUUCAACCAAACUAGCCCUAGCAUUAUUAAGUGACAGCGAAUUGUCUGAAUUGUAUAAUUUUAUUUUUUCAUUAUGUGCCGACCAUAAUAAUUGUGUGACAAGACUAAGACUGCAGUCACUUUUGACUAAAUUAGUCGAAAUUAUGGUUUUUAUGCAUGAGGAUGUUAGUUUUGGCCAGCAUUUAAUUAAUUCAACAAUCGAACAUUGCUUUUGUAACUCUCCAGGACUAGUUGGAUUAAGUGAAAAUAAUUUCAUCACAUGGCUGGAGACUCUGCCACAACUAUUUUCAUGGAUUCCCAUUCUUUCAAGGAUAAAAUCAAGCGAAGUGAUUGUACACAACUUCAAAUGUUCAACUUGUAAAACAAGUCCUUUGGUUGGCCUAAUGUAUCGUUGCAUGAAAUGUUCCAAGUACACACAAUGUCAGAAAUGUUUUCUAAGUGGGAAAAUAAAUAAUUCCCAUAAAUUGUCCCAUUCCAUGCAUGAGUAUUGCACGGCAGAGGGGAUUCACAAAGAAUUUUCAUUUAGUUUUAUUAAAAAAUUGUGCGGUUUGAUGCCCUGCUCUGUGAAAUUAAAUGAAACGGAUCGAGGGAUAGUAGAGACAAAAGCUAUAAGUUCCGAAAAAGAUUAUUUAUUGAAACCAAGUGAUGAUUUUUAUUCAAAUAUAGGGACCCUAAGUUCGCCUCAUACGCAGUUACAAUUAGUUAUCAGGCAGUUAGAGAUACAAAACAAGGAAUUGCAUCAGAUUCUCCUAUUUGGGACUCACAACGAGAAAGAAAUUCGAAAAUAUCUGGAAGAACAUAAAGUCCAAGUGGCGACACAAAUCCAUAAAUUAAAAAUAUUGAAAGAAUAUUUACACGUGGCGCCUUCUCAAAAAACCGUGCAUGAGUCGACUCCAAUGGUGGGAGUUGUUAAAUACCCGAAAAGAAACCUGGAGUCGGUUUUGAGUCCCAUUAUACAAUUGUCGGAAAAACAAUCAAGUCAAACUUUAUUCGUUGAAAACCCUACAAAUGUGACACAAGAUUCACUUCCUUAUUCUGUUAAUGACAUAAGCACGUGGAUUAAGGACCAACCCACAAGUUCAAAGGGCGAAGAUCAAGUCUUUGGGUCUAAAUCGCCGGUCAGGGAAUUGCAUAAUGAUCUCGAUGACGCUUUAGCAAAAUUGCAGCAGAUCUUGGCAAAUAAUUUUACGUUAGAUGAAUCUUUGGGUGCUAUCGAUAAUACUCAUCUCAAACAUGCGGUGUCUGAAGUUGAGGGAAUGCUGACGUCUUUUAUUGACAAUGUUGAGAGUAGUAGAGCGAGUUCCGUCCAAUAAAAAAUGAGACUGAAAUGUGGCAAUUUUUUGACCAAAUAGUGUUUUGCAAUAUUUUAUGUAAUAAUACGAUGAAGAAAAAUAAAUAUUUUAUUUAAUUGA